GCCCAUUCAUUUAACCUUUGAUCAAAUCAUUCCAAGGUGGGAUCGCUUUUUCCGCUCUCACCUGUGUAAUUUCAUAUACUCUCCCUGUCUCUCGUCUCCCGCUGGCUUUAGUUUCGCACCCGGGAGGCGUCUGAUUAGGUGCUUUUGCUUUGGUUUGAUUGCUUCCUUUACUCCUGAACAGGAAAUUUUGAGAAUUCAGUAAUUUGUGUAGCGAAGGGCUCAUUGCUACUGGGUGACAUAAAAAAACAUAGAUUGCAGUUGUAUUUGAGGCCGAUGGCAACUAACGAAAAUCUUCCACCCAAUGUAAUAAAGCAACUUGUCAAGGAAUUGAAAAAUCUUGAUGAAUCUCCUCCUGAGGGAAUCAAAGUUGUGGUAAAUGAUGAUGAUUUUUCAACAAUACAUGCAGACAUCGAAGGCCCAGCUGGGACUCCAUAUGAGAAUGGAGUUUUUCGCAUGAAAUUGUUACUGUCUCGUGAUUUUCCGAACUCUCCUCCUAAAGGUUAUUUCUUGACUAAGAUUUUUCAUCCAAAUAUUGCAACAAACGGAGAGAUUUGUGUCAACACGCUAAAAAAGGAUUGGAAUCCCAGCCUUGGGCUACGCCAUGUUCUUAUCGUAGUUAGAUGUCUAUUGAUUGAACCAUUUCCAGAAUCAGCUUUAAAUGAACAAGCUGGCAAAAUGCUGCUUGAAAAUUAUGAAGAGUAUGCUAGACAUGCCAGGCUUUACACAGGAAUACAUGCCAAGUCGAAGGCCAAAUUUAAAACGGGUGCUAUAUCAGAAUCUACUACCGCAUUGAAUGUUGAUCAGAGUAACCCCUCAGUUCUUACUACUGAUGAGAAAAAUGCAUCUCUCGGUGCUUCAUUGCCAUUGCAGUCCCCUUCAGCCCACUCGGCUAUGGCAAUUAGAGGAAGCAGCCAAGAACAGCCCGCUGCUGUUACAAGUGACACGGCUGGUAAUGGCUCUUCUGCUGCAACCGUGGUUUCUCCUGCCUCUCCUGCCCCGCAAAAGAAGGAAAGUGGUCUACCAAAAGCUCAGGCAGACAAGAAGAAGAUUGAUGCCAGAAAGAAAAGUUUGAAAAGAUUGUAAUGAAGUUGAGGAGUAAUUGAAUUGAACUUUUCAUUUGCAGUUUUGUUGAGUGACUGAGAAAAAAGUGAAGGGGGCCUAGGCAUUGGCAACUUACGUUAGGCUCAAUGAGAGCAGAUGCCUCCAGAAACCUUUGAAGUAUGCAUAUGUGUAGUUAUGUGGUUGAUAUCAUGCCCUCACCACCCCUUCGUCUAUGCGCUCAUUGGCUGGGUGGGGUAAAGCAAAACUGGCUGGAGAACUAAGGUGGGUAAGGUGAAGCGGAAUUUUAUUCACGAAUUUACAUUUAAAUACAAUCCUGUUCCACUUUA